AUGUUUCAUCGUGAUGAAGAAGAAAAGGUUUGCAUUAGCUUGUGCGAUUUCCAGUUUGAUGAUGAUUGUAAAAGAAGAUUGCACUCCAUGCUGAAAGGAAAACUCUGCUCUUCUUCUAUCGAAUUAAAACCCUUCUCCAAACAAUUUAAUCUUUUAAAUACUAUUUCAUUGUCUCCCUAUGCUUCUUCUUCGAAUACUUCCUUUUAUCAGGAUGUUAGAAUUGUGUACAAGUACAAUUUGAUCAUCAUUACACAGGGAAGUGACUUGAUUCUCCUGGAUUAUCAAUCUAAACAAUAUCUAAAAUCAAUUUCAAUUGAAAAUGGCAUUACUUCCAUUGAAAUUGAUAAUGCCGAAGAGUUUCUCUAUUUAUUGGUCAUUAAUUAUUCGACAAAAUGUUUUUCCUUGCAAAAACAUGAUUUGAAUCAAUUGGUUAGUAGUGGUGGUAAUAAUUCAUUACUAUGGAAGAAUAGCUAUGGUUUUUAUUUUAGAGAUGACGAGCAUAUCUCACAAAGAAAGAUAGCCCUAAAGGAAGUCAAUUCAAAACAAUAUGUUUACCUAAUGUACUUUACCGAUGGACUGGUUGUUUACAAUGGCAGUAAUGGUGAAUUAGAUCAUUCAUUUGUGGAUCUUUACUAUAAUUACUUUAUGAAGUUCAAUGAAAAAGGCCAGAUUUUAACAUCAAGUCUUAAUGGAUUAGGAAAAUAUACUUUUUGCUUGGAAGAAAACAAAUGGAAAGAAGAGGAAACUGAGCCUCUCUAUGCAUCAGUGGAGGGAAUACACUAUGAGAAAAGUUCACAAUUGAUUUAUACUAUUGAAGAUUCAUAUUUCAUUGCGUGGUAUGAUGAACAGUUUAAUGUAGAAAAUAAGAAAUUGGAUUUACAGCAGAUAACAGCAAUGACUAUUGAUGAGAGAAGAGGAGAAAUUUAUAUAAUUUCUUCAGAUAGAAAUUUAAAUAUUUACAAUUAA